AGCUAUAGUACACGUGACAAGUUCAAAUAUCAUGAAGUCUAAAGUCAUGGAGUUUAUUAAUGGAGCCCUCUUGCUUCUGAACGCGGCAUUCGUAGUUUCUGAAUUUGCAGCUUUAAGUUUCAACGUCAGACCAGAGACGCCAGCGCCCAACUUCCUGCCGAGUCCAUUGAAUGUCACUUUCCGGCGCGGUGAUCUGGCGGUACUGAUAUGCAGCGUGUACAACCUCGGAACAAAAACGGUUGUUUGGAGGCGACAGGAAAAAUCUUUCCCAUUGACAUCGGGAACGAUGACCGUUGUUGCAGACGAGCGUAUACAGAUUGGUCAUGUAGACUUCAAGAAUCAAUGGGAUCUAAUGAUUAAAAAUGUGCAACCGGAAGACGAGGGCGUGUAUGAGUGCCAGGUGGCAUCAACCAAUAAGCAUAUACGCAGAAUGAUCUCUCUCACAGUGAUUGAUUCAAGAAUAGAGGCCCCGGAGAUUUCCAUCAGCGAAGAGCAGUACGUUGAACGCGGCGAACCAGUCACUUUACACUGCAACGCCACGGGACAGCACUAUACCCCGGAUGAGAUAGACUGGUUCCGAAACGGCGAAAAAAUAACGUCGGAGAAACAUAAUCGCAUAAAAUUGUUUAAACAACUAUCAAUUGCUCAAAAAACCUUUACUAGCAUUUUGAGCAUAGAUAAAUCGAGCAUGGAAGACAAUGGAGUGUAUGUGUGUAGGUCGUCCAAUAUGCGAAUUGCUAAUACGAAAGUCCACGUUUUGAACGCGGAGACGUCAAAUAAAAAGCGAGGAACAUAUCAUGACGGGUAUACUAACGAGCAAGUGUCAAGUGGUCAUAUGAAGUCGGCUGCGUCGAGAAUUCGGGAAUUGACAUUCACGUAUAUUUUCGUGUUUAUUUUGCAAGUGUUCAAAUAUUGAUACAAACGGCAUGAGCAUGAAAUAACUCCAUGAAGAGACUUAUUUGAACUGAUAACUGAAAGGGGAUUACAGCAUCAACACGGUAUUAAUCAGGAUUAUAAAGUGAUAUAUAUUUUAAUUGGGACAUGUCAAUUACGUCUUCAAAACGACAGUUGGAAUAACAAACCAGCAAAACGUUAUUGCCGCCGCGUUCUAAACGGCACAUGUACUACAAGAGUUAUUACAACUCGCACGUUCAAAUCACAACUUCGCAAAUCUGCGACUUUGCACGAAGGUGAUCAAGAUAUUUUGGUAUCAAAAUAUAUACUAAGAGUAGUAUGUGGGUGAAGACCCGUCUGUGAUAUACAACGUGAAGCGUGUGUGUCGAUCAUUACACUUUAAAUUUGCGCCAGAUAAUUUUAAAUUUGCGCCAGAUAAUUUUGUAAACAAUAAAUUGUGUUUUAUAUUUAUUCUUGCUAGACAAUUAUUCGUCCAGCAGAGAUUCGAGUUAAAUAGCUGUUUACAUCUUCGAUGUUUAUAACAUCGACUGUAUAGGCGUAUUUUUAUUUCUUUGUAAAUAUAAUCUUAAACGGUGUAUUGCAACAUUGGCAUGUGUGGGGAUGGGUCAUUACAUCCUUUCUAAUGCCAUAUUUUCACUGCCUUUGAUUGAACAUGAGCAGUUGUCGGUAACUUGCAUAAUUAUAUUCACUCAGUACUGGUAAUCAGGAGAACGAGCGGUUGUGAACUGACCGCCUUGCUAUGAUUGAAACAUAGUUAAAGAAAGAACGAACAUAAACACAUUUAAAAAACGUUCGACACUUUGGUCUGCACAUGCCUUAAAGGUUUUAUUAAUAUCGUAUCGAUCCCGAUUAAAUAAAAAUAUUGAACAUGUUUAAAAACGAAUACUUUAAAGACCCAUAAUUCUGACCAUCUAUAUAUAGACGAUUGUGAACAUUAUUUAACAAAGCUAAAUUUGUUCCGCUAGUUUUGACUAAAAGAAUAAUUCCCAUCAUUUAAAAGGUGCGAUAUAUCGUACGUUAGUAAUUAUAGGGUAAUUGCAUUGUAAAGCAAUUAUGCUUAGUGAUUUUAAAGCGCAUUAACCAUAUAGACAGACAUUAGGAAAGGCAGGCAAACUGAAGAUGCAGCGUUUAUCCUUCAUUCCUGGAUUCCAAAAUUGUUUAUUAUUCAUAGAAGUCUUUAUUACUGCUUAGUUGACAUAAGUCGGUAAAGCAUUUAAGCAACGUCUUGAAUUUCUUAAUUAUCGCAGUUCGGUUAAGCUUGGGGAAAUACUUUCGUUGUUUGUAUUCCAUCUGUUUGUUAACGGUCUAGAACUCAUUGUUCACACACUUUAUAUAUUUGUGGAAUUAUUCUACAAGAUAUUCAUUGUUAUCUUUAUUGCUUUUUCGCAGAUGAUAUGAUUGUAAUAGAUAC